CCGCUGUCACCUAUUCCAAACCUCGACUAGCAACAUUCUGGCACUAUUCUCGUGUUGAGCUCAGACCUCCAACCAUGGCAGAGAUCCCACAGGCCAUCAAGGCAGCCUCUAAUCUCGUCAAGUCUUACCAGGCAGGACGCCUCGGUCAAACCACAGUAAAGGAAGCUGUGAGGAACGGGCUGGUGGCCACUGAGGUGCUGACGUGGUUCUUCAUCGGAGAGUGCAUUGGAAAAGGAGGCAUUGUUGGCUAUGAUGUCUGAUUUUUAACACUCUUUCACUGUUUGAGCGUUGUCUGCUCUGUUUCAUGUAAGAAACCUGGAAUCAAUAAACAGAUUUCUGUUUGUGUUGA